AUGAGCGACAGCAAUAGCGAACUUUCAUCGGGCCUCAGCAAUCACAAACGAUCCCAUUCAUUCAACAACCAUCAAAGCUACACUCAGCACUCACAACAAUCACACAAAAAUAAACAAAAGAAUCAAUCGGCGCGUUGGCUUUUAAACUCAUGUGACUCGCUUGAUCAAUCGCCCGCAAAGUCUACCAAAACUCCGAUCGGAAAGAAAUUCUCGUCCGUCGAUUUCAUCGAUACGACCGAUUCAUCUUUUAGUAAUAAAGGGUGGAGUAUAACUUGCUUGCGUCCGGCGCCACCCCUUCGUCCCCAAUCCUUCACAGUGGGCUCGGAUGAGAACAUCGGCCCCACUCACCCUUACGCGCCUCACCAACGAAAAUCAAACUCGUACGAAGAAGACGCCCUCAUACUGAAAGUUAUCGAAGCCUAUUGCACUUCGGCCCGCUGUAGAAACGCCGUGAGCUCCGUACCCAAUAUUCCACUGGAGAUAUUCGAGUCGACAAGGAGGAGACACGCAAAGACAAGGAAUCGUAUUAUCAUGGACUGCGGCCACUAUACUCUCGGUAAAGUACAAUAUCACGCACCCUCCACUAACAUACCUCACUUUAACUACACUAAAAUCGGUCAAAGAAGCGGAACACCGGAUCUGUCGCGCAAGACUACUACGAACAAAGUGAAACGAAACAAAAGUUCUUCGGCAGCGGACGCUUACUUGUACUGCCACGAAAGUAGAAAACUACUUUCAGAACGAAAGUUUCAGCUGAAUCGUUCGAAUCCGAAUUUGUGGGACUGUUCGGAGCGACGGAGGGUUAAUAUCCUGAGUGGGAACGAGAGGCGUAGCGGCUCACAGCCCAGUCUAGUGACGCCCCUGCGCGCCGUCGUGACACCGGCUCCCGCGCCCGUUCCUCGCUCCGCACGCUCCUCCACUUGGUGCUGUGGCACUUUCGUCAAACAACUCACUAAAUCACACCACUUUGAC